UGGGGGGGAAGGAUUAAGUUUUUUUUUUUUUUUUUGUGCGGUGUGCGAGCGGGUGGCGUUUUUAAGGUGGAUCUCCGGCAGGCAGAGCCCGGCGGUGGAUGCGGGAAGGGAUGCGGCGGUGAAGAGCGGCGCGGGGCUGGCGGCGGCCGGGAGCAGGAUCCACAGUGGCGGUAUGCACGCCGAUUCCUGUGAGCUCUCCUAAGCUCCUGGGGGACUGCUGUGCUUCUUGAGUCAGAAAGUUGCAAAAUCCCAUCAAGAAUGGCACUUGUGGAUAAACACAAAGUCAAGCGGCAGCGACUGGACAGAAUUUGUGAAGGUAUCCGCCCGCAGAUCAUGAACGGCCCCAUGCACCCCCGGCCCCUGGUGGCACUGCUGGACGGCAGGGACUGCACCGUGGAGAUGCCCAUCCUGAAGGACCUGGCCACGGUGGCCUUCUGUGACGCACAAUCAACUCAGGAGAUCCACGAGAAGGUGCUGAAUGAAGCCGUGGGGGCCAUGAUGUACCACACCAUCACCCUGACCCGGGAGGACCUGGAGAAGUUCAAGGCCUUGCGGGUCAUCGUCCGAAUAGGCAGCGGCUACGACAACAUCGACAUCAAAGCUGCUGGGGAGCUUGGGAUCGCCGUCUGCAACAUCCCCUCGGCCGCCGUGGAGGAGACGGCCGACUCCACCGUGUGCCACGUGCUGAACCUGUACCGGCGGAACACGUGGCUGUACCAGGCGCUGCGCGAGGGCACGCGGGUGCAGAGCGUGGAGCAGAUCCGCGAGGUGGCCUCGGGAGCCGCCCGCAUCCGCGGGGAGACGCUCGGCCUCAUCGGCUUCGGUCGCACUGCGCAGGCGGUCGCGGUCCGAGCCAAGGCCUUUGGCUUCAACGUGAUCUUCUAUGACCCGUACCUGCAGGACGGCAUCGAGCGCUCCCUGGGCGUCCAGCGGGUCUACACCCUGCAGGACCUGCUCUACCAGAGCGACUGCGUCUCCUUGCACUGCAACCUCAACGAACACAACCACCACCUUAUCAACGACUUCACGAUUAAGCAGAUGAGGCAGGGAGCGUUCCUGGUGAACACGGCCCGCGGGGGGCUGGUGGACGAGAAGGCCUUAACCCAAGCCCUGAAGGAGGGACGGAUACGAGGGGCCGCGCUCGACGUGCACGAGUCGGAACCGUUCAGUUUUGCUCAAGGCCCAUUGAAAGAUGCUCCCAACCUGAUCUGCACCCCACACACAGCCUGGUACAGCGAGCAGGCGUCCCUAGAGAUGAGAGAAGCUGCAGCCACCGAAAUCCGACGUGCGAUCACAGGGCGCAUCCCGGAGAGCCUAAGGAACUGCGUGAAUAAGGAAUUCUUUGUCACGACGGCUCCGUGGUCAGUAAUAGACCAGCAGGCGAUUCAUCCCGAGCUCAAUGGUGCCACGUACAGGUAUCCCCCUGGGAUGGUCAGCGUGGCACCAGGAGGAAUCCCAGCAGCUAUGGAGGGCAUCAUUCCCGGAGGCAUCCCUGUUACCCACAACCUUCCCACAGUGGCACAUCCUUCCCAAGCUCCAUCGCCCAACCAGCCCACAAAACACGGGGACAACAGGGAACACCCCAACGAGCAAUAGCAGAUAAUUUAAAAACCAUUCAAUAAACUUAGGACCAAGAGACAUUGGAAAAGAAGUUAUACAUGAACUAAAAGAGAAGAAUUUGAUACGAAAUUUGUAACGUUGAUUUUGGACAGAGGCAUCAUUGAUGUUCCAGUGUUCCCGACAAAGCGACAGCAGCCAAGACUGGGGAGAAGUCCUGGAGAAGUCACCUGCUCCCUGCAGUGCUGAAAACUAGGAUGUGAUACAUUAAUGAGCAACUUCUCUUGUUGUGUGUUGAGUUUCCUUCAUCUGUGCAUCAAUCACAUGAAUAAAAAUGAAUUUCUUUCCCCCCCUCAAUUCCUUGGGAAGGACAGGGCUCCUGCACUGUGUCCAGGCCACUGAAUUAAGCCAUCUUUACAGAGUUAACAAGAAACCAUUGUGUGGCUUCAGCCCUUUCCUUUCUCUUGCAUCUGGUGACCUCUCCUAACAGGGGGCAGCAGUUCUGGCUUAGAAGUGGAAGAAAAAAAAAGAAAAUACUCCUCCUCCUCCUUUUUGCAGUGGCCAGUGCCGUGUAACAGAAGUUCUCCUGCCAGGUCUAAGUUCCAGCCAUUCCAGCUGGGAUCUGUGGGAUGGGAAGGGCAGAAAGGGCUCCUGGCAGUGACUACUGCCCUCCCAGGCUAAGGAAAACCAAACUGCCAGUCUCUUCUCUGCCCAAUACACUGAAUAAAGUAGCUGUGCAUCCACCUACGUACGCCCUGCAAUGAUGCAAGAAAAAACAAAAGAAAAAAGAAAAAAAAAAGAAAAAAAAUGAAGAAAGUAUUAAGUUUCACACACUAUUUGUACUCAGAUAUAUUUUCUCAGUUUUAAAUCUGCAGCUAUUUUAUCAAGUGGAAAAAGUCUUGAGCUGGAAAGGGUUCAAGAAUAAUGUUGCAUUUCCUUAUGUCUCAGGAAACACUUUUUAUGGUAACUUGUCAGACUGUCUAUGAACAAAAUCCACUUUUUUAGACAUUGAUAAAAGUCUUCUUUUCUUCACGUGAUAUUUUAUACAAGAACACUUCAAGAUGUGUUAUUAGAUGUGACUGAUUUUAACAAAUCCUAUUAGAUUUGUAUCAACUAGUUACAUGUUAUAUUCAUAGUCUUUUGUGAAUCACCGCCUUUUGUUUUUAAAGAUGGCCUGUUUUGAGCCUUUGUAUGGGUACAUUCCUGUUUCUGUGACAAAAAAAAAAAAAAAAACAACAAAAAAAGAAAUCUUGAGCUGUCCCAAACAGACAAAAAAGAAACCAAUGGCUAUCAGUAUGUUUUGGUUUAGUGUGUUACCGUUACUGUAUUUGUUUAUUGUAAAGGUGGACAUUUAGCGUUCAGUGCAGUUUUCAAUAAAAAGUGAUAAAAUUUCUAUAA